AUGGUUUCAGCCUGCGACGAAGUCUUUGCCAUCCCAGAACUGGUUCAUAAACUGAUCAUAUACCUAACCCAGGCAGAACUCUCCAACCUCAUGCAGACCUCCCAUCGCCUCCACGCGUUCUGUCUCCCGUAUUUCUACCAAUACAUGGUCUGCCACACAGGAUAUCUACUCGACAGCCCCGACGCUCUCCAGGCCCUUGCCAGGAACGUUCAACACGUCCGCUCUCUCGAUACAGGAAGGACUUUCUCUGUCUACUACUUUAACGCCGUUCUUGCGUUCCACGAAAUGGCCUCGAGGUUGCUACUCAGUCGAGGCGGCGACGCAGCGUGUGCAUUUUCGUGUCCUCAGUGGGUUCCCCUGCCAGAUCCACGACCUUGCCUCUUGAUCCCGUUCCCGCCCAUGACGCGUCUUACGCGUCUAUCGGUCCAGAUUGGGCUGGAUUAUGUGCAGGAUGAGUUUGAGGGCGAGUGCUUCCUGGACAAGUAUGAGACCACCAACCAUGUCACACAGGUCUGCUGGAUCUUGCAUUUGAACCCGAACCUGGUCCAGGUCAGCAUUUUCGGGAUACCGGCAAACAACACCGGGGCGCUGUAUGUCUUGGCGAAGACUAUCUCCAAACUGAACAGACUGGAGAAAUUGGUUCUGGGUCUCAUAGGGAACAGGUUUUUGUGGACUCUGCUGACUUACUCAUUCUUCCUUGCCUGCCCGCGCUCGAUUCAGGCACUGGCGGUUGAGGUUGAGGUUGAGGGAUCGAAUGGCGACGAUUACGGCGAGGAUGAUUCGGAGUGCCCCAGCACCGCCUUACAAAAGAUUAUCUCUUGGGGUGUCGACCACAAAAGAGGACGGAAACUGGACAACUUGACGUCUCUGGCGCUCCAAGAAUUGGCGUACCUGACGACGGAGGAAGUCUGCGAGGUCUUUAGAGACUGCCCGAAUCUGCAACAUCUUAUGCUGCCGUUUAUGGGCACGAAGUUCGACCCUCUGAAGUCGACGGUCGACAUUGUCUCGGUCGGACGCACAAUUGGCAAGGGUUGUCCUAAGCUCACGGAGAUGAACUGCAAAGGCUUCGUGGAUGAUCGCCAGGAGAUGCUGGUGCUCGAGAUCAUGGAGUCGAUGGUGGCGGCGCCUGCGUUGGAGAAGUUUGUGGCAGUAGGGUAUUUUAAGAUCUCGAGCAGAUUAUCGGCGGCGUUCAGGAGACAUACGGCGGCGUUGUCUUGGGUGCAGUUUGAUUCCAACAAGGAGAUGGACACCCCGUUUAUUCAGCUCGUGUUGUUUGAGUGCCCCAACCUAGAAAGGUUUAUUCUUGGAGGCGGCGGUGCUUGGAGGACGGAUGGGCCCGUGUUGACGGUUUCAGAGGUCGUUGAGAGAAAGUGGGCGAGCUCGCGGAUCAAGGAACUCAACCUCCGGAUUUCGCUCGGCGACCUUGUUCGCUCUGUUCCUGCAUUGUCGUCUACUGAUGCUCAUGCUACUGCUGAGGCUGCCUAUUCUGCUGCUGGUUUCAGGGAGGAUGACAAAUCUCCAGAGCCCUAUUACCUUCGUCCUACACCUAUUCUUUUUACGGAUCAAGAACAAAGACAGAUGGCAGUCCUCGAAAAGUUCUACAAACAACUGGGCGUACAGACAGAGCUGGAAGUCUUGGAACUGUGGAGGAUCGAGCAUAACUCAUUGGGAUAUCUGACGUUCCCUGCACUGCAGUCCCUGGGCGACCCCGUUGCUGGUCGACCGGGGUUCUUGGACUUGUGGGGCGGGUUGAAGAAUUUGAGGUCGUUGCGUGGGUCUUUUAGUUCCUACUCGGAUGAGAAUAGGGUUGUUGUUGGGAUGAGGGAGGUUCAGUGGAUUGCGGACGCUUGGCCAAAGUUGGAGGAGGCGGAUUUCUGCCCUGAGGACCCCUUUGUUGAAGGGGAGUUCUUGCCGCACAUGAAGUGGUUGAAGGAGAUCAGGCCUGAGAUUGAUCUUUCUCCUUUUUAG